GGCUGAUGUGCAGAAGAAGGGGUGACAGACAGACAUCAUAAAACCACACAGAUGCAAUAAAGGCAUAGUUUGUGAAGAUGGAGGACGAUGCGCCUGUCAUAUAUGGUCUUGAGUUUCAGGCCCGAGCGCUAACGGCUCAGACUGCGGAAACGGACGCCAUUCGCUUCCUCGUGGGCACUCAGUCGCUCAAGUUUGAUAAUCAGAUACACAUCAUCGACUUUGAUGAUGAGAAUAACAUCAUUAACAAGAGUGUGCUGCUGCACCAGGUCGGCGAGAUAUGGCACAUGAGCGCCAGUCCUGCAGAUAAAAGCGUGCUGACAACAUGCUACAACACGACCUCCGACAGCCGGGUGGCGACAUCGGCGGCCGUGUGGAGGAUGCCCAAGGAGUUUGAAUCGGGUACCCAUGAGUCCCCGGACGACUCGUCGAACAACCCGCAGGCCCUGGAGCUCCUCUGUCACCUUGACAACGCCGCCCAGGGCAACAUGGCCUGCGUCCUAUGGGAGCCCAUGGGCGACGGCAAGCGGCUCGUCUCCUUGGCCGACAACCACGUGGCGCUGUGGGACCUCGAGGCGAGCUCCACCAAGGCCACGGUGUCUAGCUCUGCCACCCUGGAGGGCAAAGGUCAACUGAAGUUCACCUCCGGGAAGUGGAGUCCUCACCACAACUGCACGCAGCUAGCCACGGCCAAUGACACGGCCAUCCGCGGAUGGGAUCUGCGCAGCAUGAGUCAGAUCUACUGCAUCGAGAACGCCCACGGGCAGCUGGCGCGAGACCUGGACUUCAAUCCCAACAAGCAGUAUUACCUGGCCAGCUGCGGGGACGACUGCAAGGUCAAGUUCUGGGACGUGAGGAGCAUCGGUGAGCCCGUGAAGACCCUGGAGGAGCACUCGCACUGGGUGUGGAGCGUGAGGUACAACCACUCCCACGACCAGCUGGUGCUCACUGGGAGCAGCGACAGCCGGGUCAUCCUCUCUAACAUGGUGUCCAUCUCCUCGGAGCCUUUCGGUCACCUGGCCGACGAGGACGACCUGAGCGACGGCGAAGACAACCAUCAGGAGGAGAAGAGCAAAGAGCCACUCCAGGACAGCAUAAUCGCCACCUACGAGGAGCACGAGGACAGCGUGUACGCCGUGGAGUGGUCCUGUGCCGAUCCCUGGCUGUUCGCAUCGCUCAGCUACGACGGCAGGCUGGUGAUCAACAGGGUGCCCCGGGCGCUCAAGUACCGCAUUCUGUUAUAGACCUCCACCGCCCCACCUGCAUAUAAAACCCCUCUCAAAGUCCUCUCCUGCAGCCGGAGAGGGAAAGAGUACAGCGCAGCAUCCACAACACUACAAACGCACGGUUGCAGUCCCUGAUUUUGUUACCGUUUGUUCUUAGACGGAUGCAGCCCUCGGAUCUGGAGGACAGGUGAAUAAAUGUGGCCCGCUGUCCUUUAAGGAGAUCGAAACGUUGCUCUCCUACUCCUACUUUUGUAGUCACUUCAUCUCCUGGUGCCUGGGGGGCUCCGGUCAUGAAGGGAGCAUAAUUCAGUCCCGCUGCGCCAGAAUCCAUUGCAAACUAACGGUUUGCGUAACGCCUUCGCCUGUAACCGAGUCGCACUGAAAAGAAUCAGGAAAAUUAUGGAGAAAUAAGAUGAUAAUGUAAAUGUCCAAAGGUGUAAAUGUCCAAAUAAAACAAAAACGUUUAAUGUCCACCUACUGUGAAGAAACAAUAUUCUAUAAAUGCACAAUUUAACACAAUUAAUUCUUUGCGCAGACAACCAAC